AAAGCGCCCAACGCGCGCCUCCCGCUGCCGCACUUUCACUCUCGGUCCACUUCGGUGUCCUCUCGCUGUCCAGCCCCGCAGCCUCCGGCGCGCCCUCUCGCCCACGCUAUGGACGCCAAGGUCGUCGCCGUGCUGGUCCUGGUGCUGGCCGCGCUCUGCAUCAGUGAUGGUAAGCCAGUCAGCCUGAGCUACAGAUGCCCAUGCCGGUUCUUCGAGAGCCACGUCUCCAGAUCCAACGUCAAACAUCUGAAAAUCCUCAACACUCCGAACUGUGCCCUUCAGAUUGUUGCAAGGCUGAAGAGUAACAACAGACAGGUGUGCAUUGACCCAAAACUAAAGUGGAUUCAGGAGUACCUGGAGAAAGCUUUAAACAAGAGGCUCAAGAUGUGAGAGGUGAGGGCCAGACGCCUGAGGAACUUACAGAAGGAGCCUAGGUCUGAAGUCAGUGUUAGGGAAGGGCCCACAGCCUCGUCCUCUGCCCCUGAGCAGGCUGAAGCCAUUUCCAAGGGACUUGCUUUGCACAAUUUGCUGUAUUUUCACCAUUUGAUUAUGUAGCCGGAUACAUGGUGUCUAUUUUUCAUUUAGUCGUAUUGUCCAGUGUCAUUGGCGACAGGCCAAAGCCACUAUAUUAUCUCCUUUAUUAUAGUAUCUUUGCCAGGGAGUACCUUCUCUGAAUAGGGGCUCCCCAGAUUUGUCUCUGAGCUGAGACAGGAGGCACACCCUUUUUCUUAAUGGGAACUGGGUGUCCCCACCCCAAGGACUGCAGGGCUUUCCCAAGCUGGGGCAGGAGUGUGAGGCCAGGGAAGAGUGAGAGCCACCUCACCCCAUGCUGUCCUAUUCAUCCAUCAUGCUCAUCAUUCUCGCUCAUCCAUCAUCAUGUGUCUCCGAGACUGUCUCCAUGACCCUGAAAAAGGACUCUCUCAAGAUGAACUCUUUUAUUCAAAUGGGACAGCAAGAAAGAAAGGAGAAUGUCUGGUGUUCCCUGAAAACCCUGUGCACAUGUAUGUCUUGUUUGGAAUAUUGUCUGUUCAGCCCCCUGCUUUUGUUCAACGUCCAUGUCCUCAUCCAUGGCCAAUGUCCUGUUCAUGCAUGCACUGUGUCUAAUCCAAAUGCAAAGGCUGAGUAUGAGGAGCUGGCCCUGAGGUGCAGGAUGCAAGCAACCUUGGUUUCCUCGCUCCUCACAGGGUCACUUUGGACACACAAUGCCAAAGAAAGGUGGUUUGCACCAGCACUGAGGACUGAGGACUGUUGACUUUUAUUUUUUUCCCCAUAACUGUCAUCUUAAAACCGGUGUUAUCUUCUGAUAUCAAACUCAGCAUUCUAUUUAGGAAUAACAGUUCUUAAUUAUGUUCAAUUGUUUUUAAAGCUAGUGAAUCAAAGGAUCAACCCUAGAUUGGUUUUCCUCACUACUGGACAUUUUUGCUGUCACUGAUCACUUUGUGUUCCUUCCCAUGGGACAGCCUAGCAGGUGGGUUUGAUGCUGCUGCCUGGAGUGUGACCUUGUGACCCUGCAGGCCUCUGCAGUUUUUAUGCCGCUGAGGUCACUAAAGCACAAUAAGUGCCUCCGGUUCUUCAAGUGAAAAAGAUACAGGAAGAAGAGAAAGGGAAGGGGAUGGAGGAAGUGAGCUACAGUAAGAGAAUUAUCAAAAACAGGUGUUUAAGAGGGAAUAAUCUGUAGAACUGUUAUGUUAGCAAUGUAUGGGGGGGCAUUUCUAUAAAUAGUCCCUUAAAUUGGCUUCACAAGGGAAAGAAAACCCAUCCAGCAAGAUUUCUAUCAAAUUGGAACAAACACUAAAAUACCAGUUAGGAUAUGGGGGCAUGUGGCUAGUUGCAGUUACGGAUCUUUACAGGGAUACUUUUUUUUUCCUUUUGAACCCCUUGAAAUGAACAUUCUGUGUGGCUGGACUAGAUACCACACAACCACAAUGUUAGUGCAGCAGCCACUUUGCGUCUAUCCCAAGGCUUUAAGGGUGCUGCUUGGGAACAAGUAUAGCCCUGCAUCUUUUAGUGUCUGCUCCACAGGGGGAAAAGAACGAGGAUAGAAACUAUAGGGAGACUUAUUUGUGUUUCAAUUCCUCUGCUAACCGUCGGUUUCUGAAUGGAGACAGCCUGCCUAGAGCAAAUAUGCAUUUAAAUAGUACAUUUACAUAGAAAAAGUCUUCCCCCCCACCUCAGUCCCCCCCUAUCCCUUUGCUUUCAAAUACAGACCCAGCACAUCAGUGAACUAGUGUUGACUAGAAACACCUAGCUGUCCCUGCAUCCCAUCUUCCCUUGGGCUCCAAGAAACCUGCCAGGCGCCAGUCCCUCUAUUACCAGCCUUUGCAUCUGGAUAGGGAAAGGGGGUUGGAGACUCACAGUCUGCUUUGUGCUGAAACCCAGAUUUGUGCCUUGUGUUGUUUACACUGUGCUGCUGGCUCCCGAGGGCAAUGGGUCACUAGCCAGGAAGUGCGGCAAGACCCUCUGGUUCUUUCCUGUUCAGCUCUGAGAGAGGGUCCCAAGAGCAAAAGGUUGCAUUCUUCCUGGGACCGGGCCUUGGGCCUCUCCAGUGGGUUCUGUUUAUCUUCUCAUAAGUGAUUUUCUCAUCCGUGGUGUCACCAGGGACCUCAUAGGGGCCAGUCACCCUCCCCAGGUAAUGCACCAGUUACUAGCUGGACAAGAACUGGGAACUCUUCCCUUACAUGGCUUCCCUGGUCCAUCUUAAGGUAGUCUCAUUUCUUAAAAUGUCCCAUAGAAUCCUCCAAAUUCCCAAGGAGACUCCAGUCAUUGCCAAGUUCACAAAACCACCCAGCAGAGUUAUUGCCAACCUCGAUGGGCUUGUAGUGUCUGAGCAGCGAUGGGUUCAGUGUUGUGUGUGGUGAAUACUGUAUUUUGUUUCAGUUCUGUCUCCCAGAUAAUGUGAAAAUGGUCCAGGAGAAGGCAGCUUCCUAUAUGCAGUGUGUGCUUUUUUAUUCUCCUCUUUAAUAUAUGACAGUUAUUUGAGAAGCCAUUUCUACUUUGAAGUCAUAUCAAUGAAAAUGAUGUAUCUUCACCUACAAUUUUCCUAAUAAAGAUCUGUAUUCAAAUACA